CGCUGCGGGAGCGGCUCAGUCCGGCGGCGGCGGGCGGACGGCGGGGACGAGGCGGUGCGGGCAGAGGCAAGGGACAGCGGCGGCUCGUCGGGGCGGCCGCGCCUCCGGGAGCGCCUCCCGCCGCCACCUCGGGGCCGGCCCCGCCAUGGGGCGGCCGCUGUGAGCGCGGCGGCGGCGGGGCUGCGCCUCUCGCCCCGGCCGGGGCUCCCCUCCAUUGUUCCCGGGAGCGGCGGGCACCGCGCCGCCGCCGCCGCCCGCGGGGCUCCGCUCGGAGGGACUGACAGCCCGGCGGAGACCCCCCCCGCGCCCACCCGGGGCCAGCCCGGGGUCCCCAUGGAGUGGGAGUUGCGGAGCCCAGUCGCCGAGCAGUAGCCGCAGCAGUGGGAUGUUUACCUGGCGGUGCCUCAUCCUUUGGGCUGUGCUGGUCACAGCCGCGCUCUCAGCUGCCAGGCCGGCACCCACCCUGCCCGACCAAGUUCUGCCCAAAGCAAAAAUCGAAGUGGAGUCCUACUCGGCCCACCCCGGUGACCUCCUCCAGCUGCGCUGCCGGCUGAGGGAUGACGUCCAGAGCAUCAACUGGGUGCGCGACGGCAUCCAGCUGGCCGAGAACAACCGGACACGCAUUACCGGGGAGGAGGUAGAGGUCAGGGACGCGGUGCCCGAGGACUCGGGGCUCUAUGCCUGCAUGACCAACAGCCCCUCGGGAAGCGAGACCACCUACUUCUCCGUGAACGUCUCAGAUGCGCUCCCCUCCGCGGAGGACGAUGAUGACGAAGACGAUUCCUCCUCGGAGGAGAAGGAGGCAGAUAACACCAAGCCGAACCAGGCCAUCGCUCCGUACUGGACCUAUCCCGAGAAGAUGGAGAAGAAGCUCCACGCCGUCCCCGCCGCCAAAACGGUGAAAUUCAAGUGUCCGUCAAGUGGGACACCCAACCCCACGCUGCGCUGGCUAAAGAACGGCAAGGAGUUCAAACCUGACCACCGCAUCGGGGGGUACAAGGUCCGCUACGCGACCUGGAGCAUCAUCAUGGAUUCGGUGGUGCCGUCGGAUAAGGGCAACUACACGUGCAUCGUGGAGAACAAAUACGGGAGCAUCAACCACACCUACCAGCUGGAUGUUGUGGAGCGGUCCCCGCACCGGCCCAUCCUGCAGGCAGGGCUGCCCGCCAACAAGACGGUGGCCUUGGGCAGCAACGUGGAGUUUGUCUGCAAGGUCUACAGCGACCCCCAGCCCCACAUCCAGUGGCUGAAGCACAUCGAGGUGAACGGCAGCAAGAUCGGCCCCGACAACCUGCCCUACGUGCAGAUCCUGAAGACGGCUGGCGUUAACACAACAGACAAAGAAAUGGAAGUCCUUCACUUAAGGAAUGUCUCAUUUGAGGAUGCUGGGGAGUAUACAUGUUUGGCGGGUAAUUCUAUUGGGAUCUCCCAUCACUCUGCAUGGUUGACAGUUCUCGAAGCUAUUGAAGACACCCCGGCCAUGAUGACGUCCCCCCUCUACCUGGAGAUCAUCAUUUACUGCACCGGGGCCUUCCUCAUCUCCUGCAUGGUGGUGACCGUCAUCAUCUACAAGAUGAAGAGCACCACCAAGAAGACGGACUUCAACAGCCAGCUGGCCGUGCACAAGCUGGCCAAGAGCAUCCCCCUGCGCAGACAGGUGUCGGCCGACUCCAGCUCCUCCAUGAACUCGGGCGUGAUGCUGGUCCGGCCCUCGCGGCUCUCCUCCAGCGGCACCCCCAUGCUGGCCGGCGUCUCCGAGUACGAGCUCCCCGAGGACCCACGCUGGGAGCUGCCCCGGGACAGGCUGAUCCUGGGCAAGCCCCUGGGAGAAGGGUGCUUCGGGCAGGUGGUGCUGGCAGAAGCCAUCGGCCUUGACAAGGACAAGCCAAACCGCGUGACCAAGGUGGCGGUGAAGAUGCUCAAGUCCGACGCCACAGAGAAAGACUUGUCCGACCUCAUCUCCGAGAUGGAGAUGAUGAAGAUGAUCGGCAAGCACAAGAACAUCAUCAACCUGCUGGGAGCCUGCACGCAGGACGGACCGCUCUACGUGAUCGUGGAGUAUGCCAGCAAGGGCAACCUGCGGGAGUACCUGCAAGCCCGGCGGCCCCCUGGCAUGGAGUACUGCUACAACCCCACCCGCGUCCCCGAGGAGCAGCUCUCCUUCAAGGACCUGGUCUCCUGCGCCUACCAGGUGGCCCGGGGCAUGGAGUACCUGGCCUCCAAGAAGUGCAUCCACAGGGACCUGGCGGCCAGGAACGUCCUGGUGACCGAGGACAACGUGAUGAAGAUCGCUGACUUCGGUCUGGCCCGCGACAUCCACCACAUAGAUUACUACAAGAAGACAACGAACGGUCGCCUGCCGGUGAAGUGGAUGGCCCCAGAGGCUCUGUUCGACCGAAUAUACACUCAUCAGAGCGACGUGUGGUCCUUCGGCGUACUGCUGUGGGAGAUCUUCACGCUGGGCGGCUCGCCCUACCCCGGCGUACCGGUCGAGGAGCUCUUCAAGCUGCUGAAGGAAGGUCACAGGAUGGACAAGCCCAGCAACUGCACCAACGAGCUGUACAUGAUGAUGCGGGAUUGCUGGCACGCCGUCCCCUCCCAGAGACCCACCUUCAAGCAGCUGGUGGAAGACCUGGAUAGGAUCGUGGCCAUGACCUCCAACCAGGAGUACCUGGACCUCUCCAUGCCGCUGGAUCAGUAUUCUCCCGGCUUCCCGGACACCCGCAGCUCCACCUGCUCCUCGGGAGAGGACUCUGUUUUUUCUCACGACCCUCUUCCAGACGAGCCGUGCCUUCCCAAGUUCCCCCCUCAGCACACCAACGGCGGACUGAAGCGACACUGAGGGUGGCACUGCCAGCGGGGACUGCCGUGCCGUGCCCGUGCCCGUGCCCGCUGCCGCUGGCGGGCGCUGCCUGCGCAGCCCGGUCGUGCUGAGCUAUUGCAGAAAGGGUUCAGAGACGCAACCGUAGCAUGUCACGUAACCAAAACCACCCACCUCUCAUGCCAGCUUCUCCUGCCGCCUUAGUUGUGAGCUCUCUGCAGCCCAAAGGUUUCGUUCUGGUGUUUUUUUGGUGUUCCCUUUUUUUUUUCCCCCCCCUAAAAAAAAACCCCUCUUUUCCAUCAAAUCUGUGCUUGGAAUAUUUCCACUUGGUUAAGCUGAAAUCCUCUCCCGUGGGUAGCACCCUGUGCGGGAGCCAGCCACCCUUCCUGGGACGGCACGUCCUGGCAGGGCACGGAGAGCCGGGUUUAUCUGCGACGUGGAGAACUCGCGAAGCCGAGGCCAGCGCCGGGUUUCUGCGGCCGGGGAGCGUUGGCGUGCUGGAAGCCUCGCGGCGCGGGGACUCCUGCCGGCGCGGCGCUCGUUGCCGGAGAUGCUCCGGGGCUGGUCCCGCAGCUCAGCAGUGCCAGCACCGAGAUGGGUUUUGCUGACCAAACCCUCGGUACCUCGAAAGUGGGAGACGCGGCGUCUACGUUGCUCAGCACUGAUAAUAGAGGCAGCCAAACACACCAGUGCUAAACACAAAAGUCCUGUGUACAUAGCUAAAAAUAUGUAUAAAUAUGAAUAUAUAUUUACAUGUCUUUUUAAAAGGGUUGUUACCAGAGAUAUACCAGUUUGGUAGUAAGGUACUAGUGGCUGGUAGAUAUCAGUUGCUAUAAAAAAAAAAAAAAGUUCAUAUAUUUUGCUACUUUUGCUGUUUUUAUUUUUUUAAAUUAUGUUCUAAACCUAUUUCAGUUUAGGUCCCUCAAUAAGAAUUGCUGCUGCUGCUUCAGUUUUAUAUGGGGUUGUAUUAAACAACAAUAAUAAUGUGUCGAUGCCUUUUGGGAAUACGUUGUCAUUACGUGCCUGGCCUUUCCCUGGCCCCCGCGACCCGUCCCGUCCCCCCCCGGCUCUGGCGGGGCUGGGCACCGCCUGCCAAGCGCCUGCGGCACCAUAUUGGUGCGUGGGGUGCCGGGGCGCGGGUGUGCCCUGCGUUUUAGGCAGUGCCGGUGAGGGGUCGGGACGGUGCCCUGGGGAAGGGGCUGCAGCCCCCACCCCGGCGGUUGGCUCCCUGGGGAAGGAGCGGGGGGGGGGGCUGGGGUCACGCUGGUCCCACGCCGGAGCACAGGGACGCCGGAGCACUGGGACACCGGAGCACUGGGACACCGGAGCGGUGCCGUAUGGCACCAACCCCUCCAGCCCGGCUCGGUGCAUGGUCCCAGCCCCGCCGUGCCCCGGCCGGGGGGACGCGUGCCCUGCGCAGCCCCGCUCCCCGGGCGAUGCCCACCAGUGCCUUACCGGGGGAGCGUCCUCGGCCGGGGCACCGCGCCGUCCGGCUCUGCCCGUCCGUGCCCGCCGGCCUCCAUCCCGGAGGCAGUUGCGGUGCCCGGCUGCCCGAGCUCUGCUCCACGGAGCUGGUGCCGGUUUGCGGUGCCGGGGGGGGGGAGGUCGGGGCAUUUCCCUGGCCGGGGGCAGCCCCUCGCUGGGGAAGGGGCUGCGUGUGCCCCCAUCCCUCCCCGUCACUGGCAGUGAGACUCCAGAGCCAGGACGCUAUUACUUGAAAAGUUUAUUUUGCCUUUGUACGGAGAAAUAUUAUUUGUUGUAAACUCUUCUGUAAUGAAUCUGGAAUUCUUGUAAUUAUUAAAGACUUUAACCGAGA